GAAUCCUCACUUUCUGACACUAUGCUCGAGUAUCACCUAUUGUCAAAAUAGAUGAAGUUUCUUUGCCUAAACCCUAACAACCUGCUGCUCGCCACAUGACUGAGGAGUAAUUCUGGUGUCCAUGUUUGGUCUCCUGAGGCUUAUCUACUGAGGCCUGGCUAUGUGGAGGUGGCAAAGAGUACCAGAGGGGUGUGAUCUGUAAAGCUCUCAAGUCCUGUGCUCUAACUAUUCUGUGUGGACUCUCCUGACCUGCUCUGGUACCUAGUUUGUACUGAAAUAGUCCCUUUUGGAACAGGACAGCAGCUUUCUUCAGGGAGGCCUACAGUUCAGCUGAACCAAAAAUUGCCCUUGCAACAUGAGCCAGAUUCCUCAGAAGCGUUCUAUGGAGCCGCCGUUGUUGGAGUGCAUGAAUUCCAGAGCAGAUUCUUUGGACAGCUUGUCAAUGGACAGUUUUUGGCUGGAGGUGGAGAAUAUCAAACAGAGCACUGAAGCUGAGCAAGAGGAGUGCAACCUUGCAGAUGUCAAAACGCCAGAGGAGGGAGAAGCCGAAGCGGAGUGGCUACAGGAUGCCGGUCUCUCAGACCUAAUUGGGGACCACACCUCUGACCAUGAUAAUAUAGUGCUGCUCUCCACCUUGACUAAGACCCAGGCUGCGGCCGUGCAGCGAAGGCUGGAUACUUACUCCCGGUCACGGCGGAAAAAGAACAAACCACCAGUGCGUGACGUCAGAGACGUUUUUGGGGUGGUCAACUCUGAGGAGACAGUAGCAGAGGUGGAAGAGUCUGGCAUGGAUAGGUCUCCCCGUAAUAAGGAGACUUCAAACUACGCCCAGAAACCAGAUUCAAGGGGACUCGAGGAUUUUUCUUGCAUGCUUGGAAGCCCUGGAAAAGAGGAGAUAUUCUGUACUGACAUUGCCUACUCGGAGCAAGCAGCCAUUUUGCACAAAGGAUCAUUUCUACGGGAGUCUAGGAAGAUAAAGGAAGAGAGCGCCCUAACUCAGUUUAAGAUCCCCAAGGGCAGGCUGGGAGUGACCCGGAUAGGAGACUUGUCUCCUCAGGACAUGAAGAAGAUCCCCACGUUGGCCCUGAUUGAGCUGACGGCUCUCUGCGACGUCCUGGGCUUGGAGUUAAAGAGGAACAAGGCACCCAAGCAGAAGGCAAAAGAGAAUCGACUCUUUGGGGUUCCACUCGGCACUUUGUUGGAAAAUGACCAAAAACUCAUCCCCAACACCAAGGUCCCGCUGAUUCUCCAAGCAUUGCUGUCAUGUUUGGAAAAGAAAGGGCUUGACACUGAAGGCAUCCUGAGAGUUUCUGGGUCCCAGAUCAGGAUUAAGAACCUGGAGCAAAGGCUGGAAAGUGACUUCUACACCGGUCUGUUUCGCUGGGAUGAGGUCCGUCAAAAUGAUGUGUCUGGUUUACUGAAGAGAUUCAUUCGAGAGCUGCCCGCCCCUCUGUUGACAGCCGAGUAUCUGCCAGCUUUUGCGGCUGUGCAAAAUAUCCUAGACCUGAGGCAGAGAUUGCAAGCACUCAACCUGCUUAUUCUGAUUCUGCCAGAGCCCAACAGAAACACCCUAAAGGCUCUGCUGGAAUUUCUUAGUAAAGUUGUUGCUAGGGAGAAAAAGAACAAAAUGAAUCUCUGGAAUGUUUCCACAGUCAUUGCUCCAAAUCUCUUCAUGCAUAAAGGACUGGCAAAUAAGAUCCCAGAAGGGAAGGAGAAGCAGCUGGCAGAAGGGGCUGCAGACGUUGUGCGGAUGAUGAUCCAUUACCAAGACUUGCUCUGGACUAUCUCCUCUUUCCUGGUAGCUCAAGUGAGAAAACUGAAUGAGAGCAGCAGCCGGAGGUACCUGUUCUACGACAAACGGAUCAAAAACUUGCUACGGAAGAUUCACACAGACAAGGACAAGGUGGAGAAGAACCAGGCAGAACCUUCCAAGACCGUGAAAGUCCAGACAUCUCUGUUGCUGAAGGAUUCACUGGAGGUUCAUUUGAACAAUGGAACUAAAGCUGCUGAUGUCCUGAGGCAGUUUCAGAAACACCUCAGCCAGAAUGGCUGGAGUAUUGUCAACACAGUCAACCUCCUCAAAUGUAACGGUGCUGUCGAUUCGACGAACCUGCUCCUGUAUGAAGUAGGCGGCAAUAUAAGUGAACAUUGCCUGGAUCCAGAUACAUAUCUCUUAGACUUGUACCACAUCAACCCCCAUGCUGAAUGGAUUAUAAGACAAAAUCCGUCCUUUCCACGGAUGCUCUAGGGAAAGCAUGAAUGAAAAUAAACUUUUGUUUCAAGUUUGUGGGCGGGAGCAGAAAGCUAAAACUUUUUUUUUUAAUGAACAUGGCAUACGGGCAUGGAAGAAAGCUGCUACUUUGGAUGGAAAUAAGUGGUGGUGAUUGGUUUUGGUUUUUACUACUACUUGGUUAAAGAAGGCAGGAAAAAAGAGCAUGUGAGAGUUGGUAACCAGCGGGAGUCAACAUUAGAUUACAGAAUCCUGAAGGUGUGAAUACUCUUCAUAAAGCACCUGCA